CUAGGCUUUUAAUAACCGGAAAUUUCCUCGAGCUGGCUGGUCGAUAACAUCGGAGCGUUUAGGGGGCUUGAUGUAUGCGGCACGGAAGCAGCCGUUUCGAAGCAACGAAUAUAUGAUUCGUCCAAUCUCUAGGCUUUUAAUAAUUUGAAAGUUUCCCGAACCGGCCGAUCGAUAGCGUCGGAGUUUCGAGGGGUUUCGAUAGGUAUGUAUGUUUUAUUGCUUUGUAUGAGGCUACUUUGAAGAUACGGAAGCAGCCGUUUUGCGGCAACAAACAUAUAAUUCAUUUGAGUUUUAACCAGGUCUUUAAUGAACUGAAAGUUUUCCGAGCUGGCUGAUCGAUAGCUUCGGGGUUUUCAGGAGUUUCGUAACCCCUUAAAUAUAAAUGUUCUGCUGUCACGUCAGUAACCAGUAAGCUUUCCACCCUUACACUGCUUAAUCUUCCCAUCUUUCACACCGAACGGUCUUACUAAAGCUAUACGCAUACUGAAGAUAUGUCUCCACUCAAUCAUGAUGGCCUCGUGGCUCAUCUGAAGGCCCUGAUAGCAAGCUGCAACUACCAAAUUGCAACAGAGCUUCUGGGUCUUCUGUUAACAAUCGUAAGGCAACUUUCCAUGAAUCGAACUGUUCGAUUGAGAAGCUCCGUUCCUAAUAGCCAGUUCCAGUCCCUCGGGUAUAACCUCGCAUUGGGGAUCUACCGCAUCUGGUUCCAUCCUCUGUCACGAUUCCCUGGCCCUAUGCUCCUAUCCGCCUUUUACUUCCCAUACCUGUAUAGAAGUUUGAUUAAAGGAUCCUGGGUUAGACAAGUGCCAGCCCUCCACCAGAGAUAUGGCCCUGUCGUGAGGAUUGCUCCUGAUCAUCUGGCCAUUGACGGUGCCGUGGCAUGGCCCGAAAUAUAUGCCCACCGGCCGAAUACAAAACCGGAGUUCGGCAGACCAGCCGGCCUUCUAUUCCCGGGUGAUGAGUUAUGCAUCCUAGGAGCACCUCGCGAGGCUCACCGCCGCAUGCGCCGGCAGCUAUCCCUUGCUUUUAGUGAUAGCGCCUUGAGCGAGCAGGAAGCGACUAUUAGUAGGUUUGUCGGCAUGCUGCUUGAUAAAAUUGAGGUACACAGCCAAGGAGGCAAAUAUGUCGACAUUGUAGAGUGGCUAAACUUCGCCGUGUUCGACGUCGUGGGUGAUUUGGCCCUUAGCGACUCGUUUCACAGCUUGGAGAAUAACGCGUACCAUCCCUGGGUUCACUCAAUAUUCCUUGGCAUUCGCGGAACCCAGUUAGCAAGGUUCCUAGGGAGCUAUUCGUUCCUGAAAGUUUUCUUGGGCAUAUUCAGUAUUAGCUCAAUCAGUGCAAAGGACCACAGUCGCAUGGCUGCAGUUGAGAAGACGAUAACUAGGAUGGGCCAAGGUGCCGAGUCAAAGUCAGGCCGGCGCGACUUUGUGGCGUACAUGAUGCAAGAAACGCGAUCGGGAGAACCAGGAAUGUCGGAGCAAGAAAUAAUAGCGACAACUCCCAUUCUGAUAAUCGCAGGUAGUGAGACGACGGGGUCGGCUCUAUCAGGGCUUUUCUUCUACCUCUCGCAGAACCCUUUCGCAUACAAUGCUCUUGCUGACGAAGUCCGUUCCGCCUUUCGCAGCGAGGCCGAUAUCACCUUUCGUAGCACCGCUCCGCUCGAAUAUCUAAGCGCUUGUAUCGACGAGACUCUACGAGUCUACCCGCCGGCCGCCGAGACAUUGCCACGCAUAUCGCCGGGAGAUUUCGUGCAGGACAAGUAUAUUCCAAAAGGGACUCGCAUCUCAGUUUGCGCGUGGGCCACGUUCCGAAAUCCUCAGUACUUUUUCCAGCCUGAUACAUUCAGUCCACAGCGCUGGCUUUCGCCUUCCCAUCCGCUGUACGAAACAAAGUUCAGCGGAGACAAUCGGGAGGCGUUUAAGCCAUUCAGCUUUGGCACUCGGGACUGUCUUGGCAAAAACCUAGCGUAUGCGGAAAUGCGACUGAUCGCUGCUCGAUUGAUAUACCGCUUCGAUUACAAGGUCAUGCCCAAUCAAGAGAGCUGGCAUGAUCAACAACGCACGUAUCUUGGGUGGGAGAAGGGUCCGCUCAAUGUCCAGCUGCAUCGAAGGAUUGAUGCGUGAGCGGCAAGCGGCUGAGGUUAUCAGCAACCAGAAACCCUUAACCAGAAACCCUUAACCAGAAACCAUUAUCAAAAAUACCAAAUCCCAUCUACACUUGAAUAUGUGGCAGAGUAGUAUGGUCAAGCAUGCUGUUGUGUAUAGAAAAGAGGUUCAUUAGAAAUAGAUAUACUUGUAAAGUAUAAACAAAGAUGGUUCCUCCAAUUGUAGCUCUCCGGGUCAAAGUUAAAAUUGAU